CAGAUUUAUGAACAUAUUGCGUUUUAUACAUUUUGUUGACAAUGAAAGUGAGGUACCAUGCGAUCCUGCCCAACAUGACUGCCUUGUCAAAAUUCAUAGUGCUCUUGAUGAACUACAACGACAGUUUAGGCAGAAUUACAUUCCAGCUAGAGAGGUUUCAAUUGACCAGACAAUGGUGAAGUUCAAAGGGAGGAAGUUUUUUCGCCAAUUUCUCCCCAGUAAGCCAAUACGAUUUGGUUUCAAACUGUUUACCGUUGCUGAAUCUCACACAGGCUACAUCUGUGAUUUUGAAGUGUAUACUGGUCGUAAAGGGGAGGCAGAACUAAAUCAAACCCGAAAUGUAGUUCUUCGACUGAUGGGACCCUUAGAAGGAAAAGGCUAUUGGCUUUUCACAGACAAUUUUUACACAAGCCCAGAACUUUACUUUUCUCUGAGAGAACGUGGAAUUCAGGCCUGUUGUACAGUCAGACCAAAUCGCAAAGAUCUUCCCAAAGAAAUCAUGGACCACAAGCUCCCCCUUGUGAAAAACUUGCAACGUGGAGAGUGCACUUUCAGGCAGAAGGGAGAACUUGUGGCUCUUACUUGGAAAGACAAGAAGCCAGUACACCUUAUUUCUACUAUACCAAUAGGAAACAGGAUGGAUACUGCCACCCGCAAAGUAAAAGUUGAUGGGGCAUGGCAAGCGAAAGAGUUUGGCUGUCCUAUGGGCAUCAAAUUGUACAAUGCAUCAAUGGGUGGUGUUGACCUAGCCAAUCAAAGAAUUGCUUCUUACAAAAACAUUUCAAAACUUGUACUUGGUAUUUAGCACUCUUCUUUCAUGGACUUGAACAGUGCUGUCUGAAUAGUUUUAUUUCAAUGCAAGCUACUCCCAGCCAUCAAAAUGCCAAAUGCACACAACAACAA